CUAUUUUCGGCUUCGACUGUUUACCAUUUUCGGCUGCUCCUUUGAAUUUGUUUAUUAAUCGAACAUUAACUGGAAGCUGUUUAAACACCCAUACUAUUGGGAAAAAUGUCGAACGCACAGCGUUCCUUCGUGCAGAAGGUUUCCAAGCAGUCGGCGGCCGAUGUACGGAAAAAUGUUUCGAGCUGCCACAAGACAGGAACUAAGCCCCUGGACACCUCGCUGUGCUCCACGACGGUUUCGCCCACGGAGCCUCUGGACUACGAGGAGUUCCUGGCCCAGCACGCCAACAUCAUCCACCGCGACCCUCUGAAGCACAUAUUGGACUUUCCCCAGGGAGAUGUUACGGUCAAAAUCAUCCCCCGUAAGAUCCGAACCGUGGACCACAUUGUGCCCACCGAGAACUUAAGCGAAUUGCCACAACACGUUCAGGAGUGUGUCAACUACUACACGCGUCCCUGGAAGGUAGUGGAGUAUGCCCAGCGCCACCUCUCCAGCUCGUGCUUCAUCCGCGAGCGCAUCGACCGGGGCACCGUCAGCCCCUCCGCCUACCAGCAGGAGUUCGAGAUUGACAAGGACUUUGCCUCCUUCGAGGAGACGUUCGCCUACAAGAGCGAGAGCUGCACUCCCAGUUCCCGCCAGUCGAUCGCUAGCCUGGCCUCGGUUAGCUCCUGCACAGACACCCUGACGCCGCGCGGCUCCUGGGCCAGCUUUGACCUGCGCCGCUCAGUCAACGACCCCCUCAUUCCAAACCUGCUGGACAAUGUGCCGCCGGAGCAAGUCGACCAGACCAAUGAGGCACGGAGGCAGCAGGACCGGCAAGUAGCUCUCUUCUCGCUGUACCCAGAGUCGGAGAUCGAGGAGAGUAUUGAAAGAAGGCUUCUGGCCGAGAUUCCCAUGGAGCACAUGGGUCAUCGCAUCCAGGUGAAGUGCCUGCAGCUCAGACUGGAGCUCGAGGUGGAACCUAUCUUUGCCUCCAUGGCCAUUUACGACGCAAAGGAGCGCCAGAAGUUGUCCGAGAACUUCUAUUUCGACAUGAACUCGGAUAGUCUCAAGCGAAUGCUCUCUAGUCAUGUCCAGUGCUCCGACAUCAGCACGCAGAGCCACUCGGCCAUAUUCGAGAUCUCCUAUCCGAGCAACGACCUCUUCCUGGUGAUUCGCCUGGAGAAGGUGCUGCAGGGCGACAUCAACAACUCGGUGGAGCCCUACCUGAAGGAGGACAAGGACAAGUACAGGGAAAAGGUCAAGUCCAAUGCGGCCGACUACUGCGAGCGACUGGGAAAGUAUCGAAUGCCGUUUGCAUGGACGGGAAUCUACCUCACCAAUGUCUUCAACGGCGAGAGCUUCGAGGGAAAGGAACCGGAACGCGACUCCUCGGCCGGCGGGUCUGGCGUCGGUGGGGGAAGUGGCAUGUGCUCGGCCCCCAGCUCCAACAGCUUGGACCGAAAGUCCUCCACCAGCAGCUUCGACCAGCUCCGGCGCAAGGCCAACGACAUGAGCGGGACGUUGACGCGACGCGGCUCCCUGGAGCGAAAGGAGAAGCGCCGCUCCUGGUCGCCUGAUGACUUCGCCAACGUUGUGGAAAACUUUCGUCCCAUAACCAUAACCGUUCCAAGCUUCUUCAAGCAAGAGGCCGAUAAGAUGAAGGACGAGGACUUGUUCAAGAUUCUGCCGGAGCUGAAGCGCCCCAGCUCGGUGGCCAAGAAGUACAAGUGCAUUCCCGGCUCCAUCAAGCUGGAAAUAUCUCCCUGCGUUGAGGACGCAAAGAACGCCCUGACUCCAGAGCUGGCGAAAAUAAAUCCCCAAAGCGGCGAGAACGUACGCCCAGUGAAGGAGAUCUUGGAGUUUCCCCAAUCCGCCAUCUACAAUCCACACUACACCUACCGCAACCUGCUCUUUGUGUCUCCCAAGGAGCUGAAUUUCUCCUCCCGUGCCGGGUCCGCCCGCAACAUCGCCGUUCGCGUCCAACUUAUGGCCGGGGAGACGCCCAAGGAUGCCGUGAACGCCAUUUACGGCAAGUCCUCCUGUCCGAAAUUCUCGACCGAGGCCUUCACGGCAGUCAACUACCACAACAAAUGCCCUUCGUUCUACGACGAGAUCAAGAUCGCCCUGCCGGCGUCGAUAAAGCAGCACCACCACCUCCUUUUCACAAUCUACCAUGUGUCCUGCCAGAAGAAACCCCAGGACCUGCAGCCCUCUGUGGAGACGCCGGUGGGCUACACGUGGCUGCCUCUCCUGGAGGACGGGAAGCUUAAGGUGGGAGAGUUUAACCUGCCCGUCAUGGUCGAGGCGCCUCCUGAAAACUACUCCUUCAUUCCGCCGAACGUCCACUUGCCGGGCAUUAAGUGGCUGGACAACCACCGCGCUGUCUUCGCUAUCAACGUGGAGGCGGUGACGGCCGUGCACACGCUGGAUGCCUACUUGGAUCGGUUCUUUCUGCUGUGUGAGUAUCUGGACACCCGGAACAUACCCUCCCACAUAGGCGAAGGGAAUAUUGAGGCCGAGCUCAAGAAGUGUCUGCUGGAGAUCGAGCACGCCAAUCGGGAGCCGCUGGUGAGGCACCUGCCGCUGGUCCUGGACAAGCUAAUUGAGCUGCUGGUGAUGACCCACAAGGUGGGGGGACAGGCCAUGUCCCUGGGGUCGACUGUUUUUGAGGUGCUGGGUCUGGUGUCGUCGCUGCUGUCGAUCCUGAACGACGAUCUCAUGGUGGACCAGUACGGACGGCAGAGCCUGCUGUCCACCUACGUGCAAUUCCAGUGCAAGAUCCCGCACCCGUGCCACGGCAAACAGCGGCUGACUUCGAGUCGCAGCAACACCGAGGAGCUGCAGCUCAGCGAAACCUACAGCCUCUACGACAACGUGGCGAACGGAGGCCGCAGCUUGGAGAGAAAAGAUCUCUCCAUGGACGUCAUCCACGCGAUCGUGGGACGCGACGCUCCGGUGCGGCUGCUGCACGAGGAACUGGCUCUGCACUGGGUGGUUGCCAGCGGAAAGGCGGCCGACUUGGCCAUGUCGAACUCCUGGUUCCUCUUCGAGCUCAUUGUCAAGUCCAUGAUCGAACACCUGCACAGCUCGAACACUCUGAAUGGACCCCGGAAACACCGCUUUCCCCACCAGUUCAACGACGACCUGAGCACCCUGGUCCACUUGGUCACCACAAAGGUGGUCGGCUAUCACAGCAACGAGCCCAAGUUGGCGCAGUCCCUGAACAGCAGCUUGGGCUUCUUCAUAUUCGACAUACUGAGCGUCAUGGACCGGGGAUUUGUGUUCGGGCUGAUCAAAACGUACACCAAGGUGCUCAUUUCCAAGAACGCGUCCAUCCCCGACCUGAUGAACUACAAGAUAGACUUCCUGAGGAUCGUGUGCAGUCACGAGCACUUCGUAGCCCUGAACCUGCCCUUCGGAACCUCCUACACGUUCACAAUGGUGUCGGCGCCCUGCAGCCCCACGCCCAGCACCACAUCCAGCAACAGUCAGACCUCCUGUGGAUCCCUCGAGCGAGCGCUCCACGCCGAUCUAAGUCAGGAAUUCCUGCAGCAACACUUCCUGGUCGGACUCGUCCUAAGCGACCUGGCUGCGGUGAUGGAGGUUCCCAACCCACAGCUUCACGGCAAGGCGAUUCGCUGCAUCCGCAACCUGAUGACAUCGCACGACCUGGACCCCAGAUACAGCGACGCAGAGGCCCGUUCAAGAGUGGCGGCUCUCUACAUCCCACUGCUGUCUAUCGUGAUGGACAGCAUUCCGCAGCUGCACCAACACGUUUUGGAGCAGGACCGACUCCAGCAGAUCGGUCAGCUGGAGGACUACCAAGGCCCGCACCAAUCGAUUACCACAAGCACCAUAAGCCCGGAAGUGGCCUUCGCCAUAUCCGGAAGUCGGCCCUACUCCUAUCUGAACGACCAGGUGAAGAACAAGUCGCCCUUCAGCUCGGAGAACACCCGCCACUUGCUGGUGUGCUUCCUGUGGACGCUGAAGAACCUCGAGAGGAGUGUGCUGUACCGCUGGCUGCUGGGCCUGAGCCCGCACCGGGUGCACCAGAUGCUCCAGGUCGUCAAUGUUUGCCUGAAGACCUUCGAGUACACAGGCCAGAAGCAUGUUCCCACGCUCAAGCGGACCAACACACAGAGUUUCAGAAAGAAUGUGUCCGGCGACGUCAAGGAGAAGCUGGAGGAGUGCAUACGGGGCACAAAUUCUGCCCGAUACGACUUGAUAAACCGCCGCAAGGACCGAAACUCCACGGAGAAAUUCCGCUGGCGGAAGGACCAGAUGCCGUACAGGUCGCAGUACGCCGACUGUGGAGAAAAGUCCGGCCAUGAGCUCGAGCUGAGCCACUUCAUCGAGGGCUCGCUGGCCACAGAGGUGGCCCUGGUGCUCCUCGACACCCUGGAAAUAAUCGUUCAUGUGGCGGCCAACCUCCACCACAACCUGCUGGGCACUGUGCUGAAGGUGCUGCUGCACGCCCUGUCCCGCAACCAGUCGACGCUGGCCUUGCAGAACCUAUUCGCCUCCCAACGGGCAUUGAUUUUCAAAUUUCCGAAUCUCCUGUUCGACGAUGAAACGGACAUAUGUGCGGAUCUGUGCCUGAUUCUGCUGAAGCACUGUGGGUCCCUUCUGCCGGGCAUUCGCUCGCAGGCAGCGGCCUCCCUCUACCUGCUGAUGAGGCAGAACUUUGAAAUCGGAAACAACUUCGCCCGAGUGAAGAUGCAGGUGACCAUGUCCCUGAGCUCCCUGGUUGGUACCAGCUCUGUGUUCAGUGAGCAGUCGCUGAGGCGAGCGCUGAAGACAGUCUUGGUGUACGCCGAGUCCGACACGGACCUUCAGGAAACAUCCUUCCCCGAGCAAGUCCAGGACCUGCUGUUUAACCUGCACAUGAUUCUCUCCGACACUGUCAAGAUGAAGGAGUACCAGGAGGAUCCGGAAAUGCUUCUGGAUCUCAUGAACCGCAUCGCCAAGGGCUACCAGAACAAUCCGGACCUGCGGCUGACCUGGCUGGAGAACAUGGCCAAGAAGCACCGGGAACGUGCCAACCACACUGAGGCGGCCAUGUGCUAUGUCCAUGCCGCCGCCUUGGUUUCCGAGUAUCUUAGUAUGCUGGAGUCGCAGACCCACCUGCCAGUCGGAGCUGUAAGCUUCCAGCGCAUCUCGCCGAACACCCUGAUGGAGUCGGCCGUGUCGGACGACGUGCUGAGUCCUGGCGAGGACGGUAUCUGCCUCGGAAACCACUUCACCGAGACCGGCCUGAAGGCUCUGCUCGAAGAGGCUUCGAACUCAUUCCAGGUGGCUGGCAUGUACGAGGCCAUGAACGAGGUCUACAAGAUACUGAUCCCCAUCUGCGAGGCCAACCGGGACUUCCAAAAGCUGAGCAAGGUGCACGGAAAACUUCAGGAGGCCUUCAACCGCAUCGCCCAGUUGCAAGGCAAGCGAGUGUUCGGAACCUACUUCCGGGUCGGCUUCUAUGGAACGAAGUUCGGGGACCUGGACCAGCAGGAGUUCAUCUACAAAGAGCCAACUCUAACCAAACUCCCAGAGAUAUUCAGCCGACUUCAGAACUUCUACACCGAACGCUUCGGGCCCGACUCUGUGCAUAUCAUAAAGGACUCCAACACCGUCGACGUGAGCUCCCUGGAUCCGGAUAAGGCCUACAUUCAAAUCACAUACGUGGAGCCCUACUUUGAAACCUACGAAAUGCGGCAUCGGGAAACCUACUUUGAGCGGAACUUCAACAUAAAGCGCUUCAUCUAUGCCACACCCUUCACGAAGACUGGCAAGGCACAUGGCGAGCUCCACGAGCAGUGCAAACGGAAAACCAUACUGACCACGGCCAACCACUUCCCGUAUGUGAAGACCAGGAUUAUGGUGAUCAGCCGACAGCAAAUAGUCCUGGAGCCUAUUGAGGUUGCCAUUGAGGACAUUCAAAAGAAGACCGUGGAGCUGGCUGCUGCGACUAACCAAGAGCCUGCAGACCCGAAAAUCCUGCAAAUGGUCCUGCAGGGAUGCAUCGGCACCACCGUCAACCAGGGGCCCAUGGAGGUGGCCAGCGUGUUCCUCUCGAACCUGUCCGACGGCACCACAGUUCCGACAAAGCAUCAAAACAAACUGCGCCUGUGCUUCCGCGAGUUCUCCAAACGCUGCGCCGACGCCCUCAAGAAGAACCGAAACCUAAUACUGUCGGACCAGAAGGACUACCAGCGGGAACUAGAGCGCAACAAUGAUCGCUUCAUCGAGCGCCUUACUCCAUUUAUCACCCUGACACGGGUUCAAAAUCAUGGCGUAGUAAAAGCCAAUGCCAACAACAACAAGAGCACUCCCUUAAAAUGGUAA